AUGGAAAACACAUUAGUAAAGCAGUUAGCUGGUCAUAGGAAGGAGACCCGUGAACAGGCCUUCGAGUCUCUUCGCAAAUAUUUGACAACAAGAAAUUUCCAAAACGCUAAACAAUCCCAAUUUGAUAAGUUAUGGAAAGGUCUAUACUACUCUAUGUGGCACUGUGAUAAGCCUAUUCCCCAACAAUCCCUAGCGUACUCAUUAGGUGAGCUACAUUUGUUGUAUUUGAAGGGGAAGAACCAACAGGCGUUCAUCAGAUUUUCCAAAGCAUUUUGGAAGGUAAUCUGCAUUGAAUGGUACAGAAUUGACCACCACAGAUUGGACAAGUUCUUACUUCUUAUCAGAAGAUGUUUGCACUUCCAAAUCAAAUAUUUACACGAGUGCGAGUGGGAACAAGCAUUGGUCGAUGAUUAUAUCAAUAAAGUUCUCAAGAAAAUCCCAUUGAGUGGAGAUAGAAAAGUGUAUAAUGGGAUACCAUUCCAUAUCAUAGAUAUUCUACUUGAUGAAUGGGUUAAAGUCUGUUACGGCGAGGAAGAAGAUGAAGAAGACAACGAAGAUGAUAAGGAAGAAGAAAUCAAAGAAGCUGUUUCCAAAACACCGCUAAGUGAUUUCAUCAGCAUUUUCCAGGAACUAAGUUCUGAUACAAACAACAUCAAAAUCCUCAGAGACAAAAUCAAAGAAGAUCUACUCAAGGACCAAAGACUCCGUGCAUGGGAUGUUUUGCAAUCACCAGAAGAUGAACAAGAAGCCGAAGAAGAGGAAGCGGAAGAAUGGCAUGGGUUUUAA